AUGUCUUACACCACCCGCAAGAUUGCCGCAGCUAACACGCUCGAGCACCGCAUCUUCAUCGAGAAGGACGGCCAGCUCGUCUCGCCAUGGCACGACAUCCCCCUCUACGCCAACGAGCAGCAGACCAUCCUCAACAUGGUCGUUGAGGUGCCCCGCUGGACCAAUGCCAAGAUGGAGAUCUCCAAGGAGGAGCCCCUCAACCCCAUCAAGCAGGACAUCAAGAAGGGCAAGCUCCGCUACGUGAGGAACUGCUUCCCCCACAAGGGCUACCUCUGGAACUACGGUGCCUUCCCCCAGACCUGGGAGGACCCCAAUGUCGUCCACCAGGAGACCAAGGCCAAGGGCGACAACGACCCGCUCGACGUGUGCGAGAUUGGUGAGCUCGUCGCCAAGCCCGGUGAGGUUAUCCAGGUCAAGGUCCUUGGUGUCAUGGCUCUGCUCGACGAGGGCGAGACCGACUGGAAGAUCAUGGUCAUCAACGUAAACGACCCAUUGGCCCCCAAGCUCAACGACGUCGAAGAUGUCGAGCGCCACCUGCCUGGUCUCCUCCGUGCCACAAAUGAGUGGUUCCGUAUCUACAAGAUCCCAGAUGGCAAGCCUGAGAACCAGUUUGCCUUCUCUGGCGAGUGCAAGAACAAGAAGUACGCCAUGGACAUUGUCCGCGAGUGUGCCGAGGCUUGGGAGAAGCUCAUCACUGGAAAGACCCCCAAGGACGAGAUCAGCCUCACCAACACCACCGUUUCAAACUCGCCAGACCGCGCUGACUCCGGCUCGCUCAACAUUCCCGCUGGCGAGAACAAGGCACCUGCCCCCAUCGAUCCCAGCAUUGACAAGUGGUUCUACAUCUCUGGUGCUCCAUCCAACUAA